AUGGCAAACCUCUCUUACAAGAACAAGCUAGCCAUAGCCUCGGUAUCUCUAGGCAUGCACGCCACCCACAGCCUCUCAGAAAAAAUCUUAGCCGCAUCCCGCAACCACUUCUCAGGCAUCGAAAUUGUGUACUCUGAUCUCGAGGCCUGGUGCACAAUCCAAUCACUUCCCCUCAUCGCAGGCGCCCACUCCAUCAGAGACCUUUGCAAAUCUCACAAUCUCACCAUCCUCUCCCUCGCACCAUUCAAGAACUUCGAAGCCCACACCUCACCCCUCUCCACUCGUCUGGACACCGCAAAACACUGGCUAGAAAUCGCACAAGCGCUAGGUGCCACUUAUCUCCAAGUUCCUUCUCAAUUCGAUACCGAGAAUUGCAUCGAUGAUGAAGAACUCGCUGUCAAGGAACUUCAAGCGCUGGCUGACCUUGCCUCCGAGUUUGGCGUGAGUAUUGCAUAUGAAGCCGUUGCGUGGGGCGAGUACAUUGCCACAUGGCAAGACUCACUCCGGAUCAUUAAGAAAGUCAACCGCGCGAAUUUUGGCAUGUGUUGGGAUGCGUUUCAUGUCCUGGCUCGGGUAUGGGGAGAUUGUACUGUUCCGUCUGGGAAGAUUGAGGGUGGCGAUGCAGCCUUGAAGAAGAGUUUGGGGGAAUUAGUGGAGGUGCUGAAGGGAGAGGAUGCGGAGAAGAUUUUCUAUGUACAGCUUUCUGAUGGGGAGUUUUAUCGCCCUCCUUUGGAGAGAGGGCAUAGGUUUUGGGUGGAAGGGAUGGAUUCGAGAUUAGUGUGGUCUCGCAAUACGAGGCCGUUUCCGUUAGAAAGACAGCUUGGGGGUUAUCUUCCGAUUGCUGAAGCUUUACGGGCUAUUUUAGUAGAAGGAGGGUUCAAGGGGUGGGUUUCUUUUGAGGUUUUUGAUUGGAGGAUGAGAGAGGAACAGUUUAUGCCCGAGGAUGCCGCUCAAAGGGGCUGGAAGAGUUGGAUAGAGCUAAAUAAAUAUUAAAGGGUGAAAAGCAG